AUGUCCGGCGAUGAGCGUCAGCAUGCACUCGCAGCUUUCAAGUCGAAGCUAUUGGAAUCGAGAGAAUGGGAGGCAAAGCUGAAGGCCUUACGGUUGGAGAUCAAGGGGCUGCAAAAGGAUUUCGACCACACUGAGGACAACAUUAAAGCUCUACAAAGUGUGGGGCAGAUCAUUGGAGAGGUCCUGAAACAGCUUGAUGACGAGAGGUUCAUUGUCAAAGCUUCGUCGGGUCCCCGAUAUGUCGUUGGAUGCAGAUCAAAGGUCGAUAAGCUUGCGCUGAAGCAAGGAACCCGGGUUGCUCUCGAUAUGACCACCCUCACAAUCAUGCGAAUGCUCCCCCGAGAAGUCGACCCACUUGUGUAUAAUAUGUCCUUGGAAGACCCCGGGCAGGUCAGCUUCGGUGGAAUUGGUGGAUUAAAUGAGCAGAUCAGAGAGUUGAGGGAGGUUAUUGAGCUUCCUCUAAAGAACCCCGAGCUAUUCCUGAGAGUCGGCAUCAAGCCUCCGAAGGGUGUACUCCUAUACGGACCACCGGGGACAGGAAAGACAUUACUGGCAAGAGCCGUGGCGAGCAGUUUAGAAACAAAUUUCUUGAAAGUUGUGUCCUCUGCGAUCGUUGACAAGUAUAUCGGAGAGUCCGCACGCCUGAUCAGAGAGAUGUUCGGAUAUGCAAAGGAGCACGAGCCCUGCAUCAUCUUCAUGGACGAAAUUGAUGCCAUUGGAGGACGCAGAUUCUCGGAGGGGACCUCGGCAGACCGUGAGAUCCAGCGAACAUUAAUGGAACUCCUCAAUCAGCUCGACGGCUUCGACUACUUGGGGAAGACAAAGAUCAUCAUGGCUACAAAUCGACCAGAUACUCUUGAUCCAGCGCUUCUCAGAGCCGGACGUCUGGACAGAAAGAUCGAAAUCCCCUUGCCGAACGAGGUUGGUCGUCUGGAGAUAAUGAAGAUCCAUGCUGCUGGUGUGGUUACAGAAGGAGAUGUCGAUUUCGAGAGCGUAGUGAAGAUGAGUGAUGGUCUCAAUGGUGCUGAUUUGAGAAACGUCGUGACAGAGGCGGGUCUAUUCGCGAUCAAGGAUUACCGGGAUGCAGUCAAUCAAGACGACUUCAACAAGGCAGUGCGCAAGGUUGCGGAGACGAAAAAGCUAGAGGGCAAGCUGGAGUACCAAAAGCUCUAG